AUGCAACCAUUAAUAGGGUUUCAGCAAACCAUUUGAGUCACAAGAGUCCUGUUGGUGGCAUCAAUGAAAUGGAGAAUGGGAAGUGUAUUCCAAAUCACACAGAGCAGAAAGCACAGAGAGAUGACUAUAUUUCUCUUGUCGAGCGUGUAAUUGUGGAAAAUGUUCCAUGCCUUGAAUUUGGAAAGGAUAUUAUACAAAAGCAUAUUCCACAUAAAUACACUAAGGAAGCAUCGCAACCAACAGAAUCUGCAUUUCUUGGUGUAAUCUACGAGAGUGAGAAUGAUGCUAAUGGGAUAAACAAGAUAUUGCAUGAUCUUCAUAAAUAUGUCCCAUUUACCGGUGAAGGAAAAGACCGAGAAUAUGCCAACCAACCUAUUGUUGGAGAUCAACUGACGGUAGAGCGAGCUGUCAAUUGUCACAUGACCUUGUGCAAUGGCUUCACACCAGAAGAGCAGCUAGAUGGUCUACACUUUGAAGUGGCAGACUGGCAUGCUGGAAACAAAGCUAUUGGUGUUGCAUUUUCACAUUUGUACAGUGCAGCUUCAGCAGGAGACAAGUGCACAUUGUACAGCGACCGUAAUUUGGUAAACCGCGCGCAAUGUGAAAAGUGA